GGCGGCGGCGGCGGCGGCGGCAGCGGCAGUUUAUUCAGAGCUACAGGUCCGGUUUAUUCAAAUUCAGAGCUCUCCGGUGUGCCUCUGACUGGUAUGAGCCCUCUGUCACCUUAUCUCAAUGUUGACCCCAAAUAUCUUAUUCAGGAUGCAGAUGAGUUCAUUUUGCCCACUGGUGCCAACAAGACAAGAGGACGCUUUGAGUUGGCUUUCUUCACCAUUGGCUCAUGCUGUAUGACAGGUGCACUGUUUGGAGCCAUCAAUGGAUUACGACUGGGACUGACUGAAACUAGGAAUAUGGCCUGGUCUAAACCUCGUAAUGUACAAAUACUAAACCUGGUGACCCGUCAAGGAGCUACAUGGGCGAACACUCUGGGCUCAGUGGCUCUAUUAUACAGUGUAUUUGGUGUGAUCAUCGAAAAAACUAGAGGAGCAGAGGAUGAUCUCAACACCAUGGCUGCUGGCACAAUGACUGGUGUUCUCUACAAAUCCCCAGGAAGAAUGCAGAAUCGAACAAGACCAAGGAUCAAAAAGGCAGUACACAGCAAUGAUAGACUGUUGUGUGUGAAAUUUCCAGGAGAUCAGCAGAUGGAAAAACUCAAACCAGGUGUUCUGCUACCAACAUCCAUGCCACAAACAAACAUCUUUUCUACACCUCCUUUUAUUCAGUCAUGCAUGUCUCUUUAAAUACAGACGAUAUGCAAAAGAUAAAAAGUUUUAGUUUAAAUGUAGUUGUUUAAGCACACUGCCACUGGGAAACUGCCACAGGUAUCAUCACCUGCUGCUAGCCUCUAAUUCAUAUAGCUAUUGCUGUGGAACCACGGUUUUCUAAAAAU